AUGUAGAGACACAGUUAAAAAGCAAAGAGAGUUGUAAAUUAGAAACCAACGAAAAACAAAUGCGAGGGAAUCAGAGAUUAAUUCAAAAGCCUAGAUUGGUUUGGGCAGCAAAUAUAGCUUACUUAUAAAGGAGAAGAUUCAUAUAAAACAUUGAUUGGUGCCAUAGUAUCAACUUUACUAAUUUGUAUUCUCAUUGGGUUUGGAGUGUUUAAAGCCUUGUAUCUCUUCAAUAGAAUCAAUCCUGAGGUAGCCAAGGUAUCCUUGUUGAGAGACAUUACAAACGAAACAGAUAAUAAUGGAAAAAUUAUCAAAUAAAAAAUAAAGACUGAUCUUUCGUAUCAAAAAUGCGGAGACAAGUUAUUUUAAUUCAAAAAUCCUAAGGAGGUUAUAGAAAAAGGAAUAUCUGAAUAUAAGUGCAUUACAAAAGAUGAUUAUUAAUUUCAAGGAAAUUACUAUCAAGAUAAAUUUGAAUACUUAGAGAUAAAAUUGUGGAAGUGCAUAGACCCAUCAACAGCUACCAACAAAACAAAGAAAUGUCUAGACAGAUCAGUAGUUGAUAGCUAUUUUGAUUAAGAAGUCUUUAACUUUGCAUUUGUGAAUACCUUUUUCGACUUAAAGAGCUUUGAGGAUGGCUUCCAAAUUAAGACAUUUAUUGACGAUUCUCUUUUUUAUGAGUUAGAGGCUAACAGAAUUAAGAAAACUAACUUCUAUAUUUAGCUAUAAGAAGCUGAGUUGGAAGAUGAUUUAAUCUAGUUUGGGUAGUCUAAAGACAUUGCUUUCCAUUAGAUAACUGAAUAGCGCUACUAUGAUGAUCAAUAUUCAGAUGCAGAUGGCUAUAUUCUGGCAAUGUAUAUGAGGUUUGAUAAUAGAUAUGACAUCUAUACUAGGAAAGUUUAUUCUAUCCUUGAGCUUUUAGGUGAUGUGGGAGGAUUAAAAGAAUCACUAAUGGCUAUAGGAUUAUUGAUUAUUGGAUUCAUCUCUCAAAAGAUGUUUAUUAGUGAUGUUAUGCAUGAAAUGUAUCAGGUUAGAAAGUAUAUCUACGAACCUGAAAAUGAGUAAUAAGAAAGUCAAUAAGAUUAACAUGGGGAUCACAAUAAUAUUAGAAAUAUGGAUAAUAAGAAUAGCUGGAGUCCAAGAUAGACCUAAGGGCGGCCAUAAAAGGUAUUCUAAGAGGAUGUAAAGUAGUGCCGACUAAAUUAAGCAUUCAAGCAUGAGCCACGUAUUGAUUAGUAAGAUUCAAUGAGAGAGAAUGUGGAUUUAGGUGGCUCAAUGAAGCCUUUUAAAAUGAGUUAAUUUAACUAAGAUUUGUAGAUUUAAGAAGCUAUUGACCACAAUUCUGUAAAUGUAGGGUUCGAUGACUCAAUCAAUAAAAACGCUAAUAAAAAUGAACUUGAUACUUCAAAUCUAAAAUGUGAAGUCAAAGAUGAGAAGUACAUAAAAGUUGUUGAAGACCAUAAUGCUAUAAAUUUCAAAGAAAAGUAGUGGGUGAGAAAUGAUGAUGUAAACAGUCUACUAGUGUCAUUUAUUUCAAGAAUGAGAUUCACUUACGAUUAUACUUCUAUCUGGUAGUAUGUUUCUCAAUGUCUUUGCAUCAGAAAUCUAGGCAGACUAAGAAACAAGAAAUACUUCAAAAAGCAUUUCAUUUACCACAAAGGAGAAGAAAAACUAGGAUAAGAGCUAGAUGUGGUAUCUCUUAUCAAGACAUUAAGAAAGUUUAGAUUACUAGCUUAGGCAAUGCUUUCUUAAAAGCAUAGAAUGCUUUUAAGAUUCUAGAGAUAAAACUUAUUAGAAACCACCUCUGAAUCUUCAGACUCUGACGACAAUAAUUUAGAUACUUUAACUUUAAUGGAAAGUUAGAAUCCGCUAAUAAGACUUGUGAUUUAUGGCAAACUAAAGAAAAUGAUGAAAGCAUUUGAAGGUUAAAAGCUAAAAACUGUAGAAAGGAACCUAAUGAGAGGAGUAUUCUAAAGAAAGCUUAAAGAUUUUUAGGAGGAAAUUAUAGAUUAAAAUGAGAAUAGAACCUUACUUUAAAGAUUACAUGGGAAACUUAUUGAAAGCUAUGAUGCUCCAAAGAGUCCUCUAAUGCAGUAGAGGGAUAAUCGUAGCAAGAGAUCAACACAUUCCUAAAAAUCUAAUGAUGAAAGUAGAUGUAAUGAAAACGAUUUAGAGGACUCUAAGAACCAUAAUCUUAAUUAACUUGAGGAAUAGAGUGUUAGUAAACUUAAUGACUCUGAGAUUGAUUAGCUUAACAUGGGACCUUACUAAUCAAUACUAAAAAGAUUUCUGAUUAGGAAUACGCCAAAAAAUCAAACUAUUCCAACAUAAGGCAAUAAUAUCUUCAAAUAAAAUGAUAAAGCCAUUGUAUAUAAGGAUUUUUGA